AUGGAGAAUAGGAACAAUGUGACAGAGUUCAUUCUACUGGGGCUCACGAGGAAUCCAAAGACUCAGAAGAUCAUAUUUGUUGUAUUUUUGAUUAUCUACAUUGUUUCUGUGGUGGGAAAUGUGCUCACCAUGGUCAUCGUCACAGCCAGUCCAUUACUGAAGUCCCCUAUGUACUUUUUUCUGGCUCAUCUCUCUUUCAUUGAUGCUUCCUAUUCUUCUGUCAACACCCCUAAACUGAUUGUAGAUUUGCUCCAUGAAAGGAAAACCAGCCCAUUCAAUGAAUGCAUGACCCAAAUCUUUGGCCAACAUUUAUUUGUAGGUGUUGAUAUCAUCCUGCUUACUGUGAUGGCCUAUGACCGCUAUGUGGCCAUCUGCAAGCCAUUGCACUAUAUAACCAUCAUGAACUGGCAGGUGUGUUGGCUGCUAGUAGGAGUGGUAUGGGUUGGAGGUUUUCUUCAUUCAACCAUACAGAUCCUCUUCAUCUUCAGAUUACCUUUCUGUGGUCCUAACAUCAUCGAUCACUUUAUGUGUGAUCUGAAUCCUUUGCUCAAUCUUGCCUGCACUGAUACCCACACUCUAGGACUCUUUGUUGCUCUCAACAGUGGUUUCAUAUGUCUGUUAAACUUUGUCCUCUUGAUUGGCUCCUAUGUGGUCAUCCUGCUUUCCCUAAGGACCCACAGCUUGGAGGCGAGGCACAAGGCCCUCUCCACUUGUGUUUCCCACAUCACAGUUGUCAUCCUAUUCUUUGUGCCCUGCAUAUUUGUGUAUCUGAGACCUGCAGCUAAUUUACCUAUUGACAAGGCAGUUACUAUAUUCUACACUAUGAUAACUCCCAUGUUAAAUCCCUUAAUCUAUACCCUGAGAAAUGCUCAGAUGAAAAAUGCCAUUAAGAAUUUGUGUAGUAGGAAAGCUAUUUCAGGUGAUAAAUAA